CGACAGUGUAUUAAUUAUUUACUCAAAAUCUCUCCCAGUAGCCGAAUGAGGUUAUUACUUUAGUUUCCAAUUAUUUACUCGAUAAAAAUUGUGUUCGCCGAUAUUUUGUUGCCGUUUCGUCUGUGCUUUUGAUUGGUUUCAUUUAAAGUUUCCGGAUUGUCCUUUACCUGUGUUAGUUUGAUUUAUUUACAAUUUUUAAUGACAGAUGUAUGACUAAUAGGCGGUGUUCCCGUAUUGAAGUCUGAAAAAUUUACCGUAACUUUGUGACAAAAUGUUAUUGUGAAAGAAUCCUUUAAAAAUUUUACGGAAAUGUCGAAAAACAACCUGAACGGGUCGAGGAGCGUCUCGUCAAAUAGUUUCAAUAGUUUUUUAUCAGAUGGGGAAAUUAUAGAAAGUGGUUUAGAAGAUAUUUCCAUCAGUAACAAACACAACAGACCUUCGUCUACAUCCAAAGCUCAAAAGGCCAAGAGAAUUCGAUUCUAUCACAAUGGUAAUAAAUUCUUUAACGGGGUUGUUAUACCCGUGGCCCCCGAAAGGUACAGAUCAUUCGAUAGCCUAACGAACGAAUUGACUAGCAUCCUCACCAAAAGUGUCACGUUGCCCAAUGGUGUUCGAAACGUUUAUUCCAUGGAUGGUAAAAAGGUAUCGAGCAUCAACGAUUUGGAGGACGGCAAGGAGUACGUGGUGUGCGGCAAAGGGGAGCUCUUCAAGAAAAUCGAAUACACGAAAGCCGACACCCUUCGGCCCAAACGAAAUCCGAACGUCAGGUACCACUCGCAAAGCGCGACGAUGGUGCCCAGGAUCGUCGUGCCCGAUUGCGUCCGGCCCAGAAUCGUGACGGUCAUCAAGAACGGAAUAAAACCCAGAAAGAUUUUAAGACUACUGUUGAACAAGCGCAACUCGCCGAGUUUAGAGCACGUGUUGAGCGUGCUCUCGGAGCAGGCGCAAAUAGCCGUCAGGAAAGUGAUCACGUUAUCGGGACAUUCCGUCAACGAUCUGUCGCAAUUUUUCGAGGACGAUGAGGUUUUCUUCAUUUACGGCAACGAGAAAUCGUCGCCCAACGAUCUCGAAUUGGAGUUCGAAGAGAGCAAAGUUAUACAAUCGUAUAAGAAGAUCACCGUUCACAGAAAUGGAGCCGGUCCGAAGCCCAAGAUGCCCAACAAAGAGAUGAACAGAAACAAAGAAUCCGAAGAGAGUUUGCUAAAGAAAUUGAGCGAAGAUAGUAAUUUAUUGUUGCCUCUACCUCUGAGGAACAAGUUCACUGUAGGAAGGAAAGUUAUAGGAGACGGAAAUUUCGCAGUAGUCAAAAUGUGUAGGGAUAACGUGACGAAUGAAGAUUUCGCGUUGAAAAUAAUAGACAAAUCUAAAUGCCAAGGAAAAGAGGAAAUGAUAGAGAACGAAGUGAAGAUACUCAGGAAAGUUAGUCAUCCGAAUAUCAUGUCGUUGAUAGCCGAUGCAGAUACCAAACCCGUUCUAUUUUUAGUUUGCGAAUACGUUUCAGGCGGUGAUUUGUUCGACCAAAUAACAGUAGCUCAAAAAUACUCCGAGGAGCAAGCGGCCUUAAUGAUAAAUCACCUAGUCUCAGCCUUAGCCUAUUUACACAACAUGAACAUCGUCCACAGAGACGUGAAGCCUGAAAAUUUAUUAGUAGAAUUGGAGGAUAACAAGAUAAAGUUGUUGAAAUUGGGAGAUUUCGGUUUGGCCUGCGAGGUCAAGUCGCCUUUGUACACCGUUUGCGGUACGCCCACCUACGUAGCUCCAGAAAUUCUCGCCGAAACGGGAUACGCCCUUAAGAUCGACGUUUGGGCAGCAGGAGUAAUCCUUUACAUUCUCCUCUGCGGUUAUCCGCCGUUUGUGAGCCAGGACAACGAUCAGGAGCGACUGUUCGAUUGCAUCCUGUCGGGCCAGUACGAGUUUCCCGAGGAGUACUGGCAGGACGUGUCGUCGUCGGCGAAGGAACUCAUCCAGAACAUGCUGCAAUUGGAUCCGAACGUGAGAUUUUCCGCGGAGGACGUCUUGGACCAUCCGUGGGUGCAGUCGUGCACCAGCUAGGAUAAUCAUUUCAUUUUGAAUCGCGUAUUUUGCUUGUUUAUUUUGACGUUGUUAGGGUGAAAUGGGUGGAAAGACUAAGAUGGCGCCGCGGAAAAGGGGUGGUCGUGAUCGAAAUAAAGUUUACAAACAGUAAGGGAGUAUUACUCGUAGUUUUUGGGAAGUUAUUUUGGGAGAUUUUUCUCUCGUAUUUCGAGUUGUUUUGGGGUGGACGUUUGAGAUGGGAAUCAUAUCAAUCUGGUUUUGAAAUUAACAUGGCUUUUAUAAGACUGUAUAUUCGUUUUUGUCGCUAAAUUAGCACGUACUUAAAGGAAGCAAUAAUUUAUCGAAAUUAUUCGAUUUAUUUAUAUUUUAUAUUGUUUAGGAAAAUAACAACCUGGCGUUUUUUUUGUCAGAUGGUAAAAGAAUAAAACUAGCAAUUAAUAAAACCAGUAAAAUCAAAAUGCAAUUAAAAUUAAUAUUAGUGAUUUUGCUAAUAUAACGAAUUGUGGAUGUAAAUAGAAGCCUUAUUUGUCACGGUUUAAUUCAACAUUAUUAUAAUUAUCUUGCAUUUUUUUGAAUAUUUGCAUUUGCCUGUUCUCUUUAAUGGCUUUUAAAGUUCUAUAUGUACAGAUUAAUUUUAGGAACAUUCUCAUUGUAGUACAAAUUUUUUAAAUUGAAGCUGUACUUGUUUGAUUUUUAAUCCACAUUUUAAUUGAACGCGGGCCUAAAAUAAACUCAUAAUAAACAAUAAUUACCGACAGUAUAAAAUAUGGGAUAUUAUGGAGCAGUCCUAUGUUUAACCUUAUUCAAACAUUGUUUCAUAUGUAUAAUUCAUGUAGAAAUUAUUAUUUAUUCUUAUUUAAUUAUUUAACGCAUACAUUCAAUGUAGUUUUGUUUUUUGUUAUAUUUUAUUUUUUUUAUAACAUAAAUAGCCUAAUUGCCUGUAAAGUUCGACUAGAAUCGUCUAGAAUGUAAAUACAUUAUUUGAGUAGUA